CCCCCGAAUGCUUUCAUAAUUUACAGAAGAGAGAAGAAAGCAGAGCAUAACGACGUAUUUUCUAAAAGAACGGAAGCUGAGAUAUCAAAAGUAGUCGGUAAAAUGUGGCAAAACGAACCGGAAGAUACCAAAGAUAUGUAUUAUAGAUUAGCGGAGCACGCUAAAGAAAAGCACUUAGAGAAGUAUUCCGGGUAUAUUUUCAUA